UCAUAAGGUACCUUGUACCGCGAACUAGCUGAUAAGAUUGUAAAAAUUUGGCCUGCGUACCAGGUCAAAGUUGGAGAUUACCAAAAACGACUGAAAGCAAACACAGCCGUUGCAUCCAUCCAUACCAGCCUAUUCAUCUGCAAGUACAAUAUCAGCUCGACUACCAGAUUCAGCGUACUCACGCGAUUAUCUGGUUCUUUUUCUUAUUUUGCCCAGCCACCAGCAGUACUUUGCAGCAGUCUUCUCAUUUCCCUUUCGACAUGCAGCAAAACACCAUGAUAUGGACAGCCUCGGCGGCAGCGCUCGCGACUGGUCUUUUGGCAUACGCUGUGUACUUUGACCACCAGCGCCGCACAUCCUCCGAGUUCCGUCGUCAGCUGCGCCGCAACGAGCGCAAGCAGGCGCGCGUCGAGAAGGACGGCGCCGAAGCUGCCGAAGGUCAACGCCUCGAGCUGAUCAGGCAAGCCGUCGACGACAUUAAGCUGGCCGGCUUUCCUACCGGUGUCGAGGAGAAGGAGCAGUUUUUCAACGAGCAGGUCACCAUCGGCGAGGCCCUCGCCAACGAUCCCACAAAAACCAUCGAGUGUGCACUACACUUCUACUGCGCCCUCAAGGUCUAUCCGAGCCCGGGAGACCUGAUUCCCAUUUACAACAGCAUUGUGGCCAAGCCCACUCUCGAUGUCCUGGCUGAGAUGAUUGCAUACGACAAGGACCUUAAGUUGACGGCCGCCUCGGGACCGGCCGCUGCCGCCGGCAAGUCUGGACCGUUAGACGACGUCGUCGAUGUCGAUGUGGAUGACAUGCCUCCCGCUGCCGGUCUUGACUAGAGCUAUAAAGCCCGACUGUCGAUACAAACUCGAGAGAUCCCCGCAAAUAGCACCCGGUACCCUAUCCAGACUCCACGAUCCGAAAUGAUAUCUGCACUUCUCGAUCCCGCCAACAAUUCAUGAAACCUCGAUUCGACAUUCAUCCAGCACCGCAUGUUACGAACAGCAAAAAAAAAGCAAAAGGCACAUAUAGUGCCACCCAUUUAUGUACUCGGUCGUUUCUCGAUCGGGUUGGAAAUUUUUGUACCAAUACAGGGGAGCCCCGAAAAAAGGGUGGUCGUUUAGCCUGGGGUGACCCUCCAAUAUUCUGUAGAACACUUUGUAUAUACUGUAGACAUCAUCGCUCUGGGCGAUCAGGGGCGAUACUGCGCAGAAUUUUCUAAUGAUCAACGGCAUGAUGCUAAUUGCUCUGUUUUUUGUUGCACUUUGUGACAAGCCCAGGUGUCCAGGGGUUUUAGACUACCUAGUUCUAGAACUCAAGAGUCGUAUACACUAGGCUUCUAUAGGCCUUCCUUUUCUA